AAUAACGUGUUGACAAUGUUUAACAGACUGACAGAUUGUUAUUACAAAGUUGUAGGGCAUCUGUAGAACUUACCAGGAAUUGUAUUUCAUGUAAAUACAUAGUUUGCUUGUUCCUUUUUCUAUGGACAUAAAUAUCUGAGCACAAAUAUCCGGGACACUCCAGGACACUCCCGCCUACUCAGGAAACAAAAGAGUGGUUGUGGCAACUUGACUGCCAAGUGAGUAGUGUAUGUCUGGGUGGUAGAAUAGAGCAUUUGAACAACUGGACGCUAGAUCAGAACACGGAUGUAAUUUGAUACAGUGACCAGUAGGAGAAAUCUGAAGUGGGGAAGUGUGCCAAGUACUAGUUUGUUUGUUUUUACAAGAGUUUCACAAAGCGAGUUUAGCGACUUUUUAUGUAAAAGAAAAAAAUCCAUUAGGACUAUUAUUGUAUUUUUCUAUACAUGUUAUGAUUUUUAAAAGGAACAUUUUAUUAUUGAGCAUUUCAAGAAAUCAAUCUUAAGGAAGUACUAGGAUUGAAUCAUUUCUAAAGAUGUCAACACCAACCUUACAAAGUAAUGAGUCAGACUAUUACACAAAGGAAGAAAUACAAGAGUACCUGUUAUUGUUACAACGUCAAUCAAAUAUUGCCUUCAUACCAACGUAUUUGUAUCUGGCAGUGUUCAUUGUUGUUGGCUGUGUGGGGAACUGCCUGGUCAUUGUUGUCUACUCUACGAAACUGAUCAGAACUCCGCUAAGAAUCUUCAUUGUGAGCAUGGCUAUAUUUGACCUACUCACCAACUUAUUCGUUAUGCCAGCCAAGCUCCACGAACUGUCUGAUAUGUGGGAUUCCGACAAGCCAACAUUAUGCAAAGUACAAAAAUAUUUAAACUCUUCAUUUGUCGUCACUUCUGCAUUUAUCUUGGUGGCUAUAGCAACUACAAGGUAUAAGAUGGUGUGUCAUCCCUUUGGUAAACAAGUUACCAUAAAACAAGCGAAAAUCAUCAGUGUUAUACUGGCACUAAGCGCAUUCCUAAUCUCCAUACCCUAUGGAAUCAUACAUGGAACCCAAACCAAAGAAACACCCAACAGAAACAUAAGUGGAAGUUAUUGUCAAGUAGAUGACAGCUAUGUUAAAACAAUAUGGCCACGUCUGAAUUCUGGGUUGUUUAUUUUGCUGUUUCUAGUGUGCAGUUCAUUAAUCACAGUCUUUUACGUUAUGAUUGGACGUACAACAUGGAAACAGCGCGAUGCUUUAACCAAAGUUCAACCUAAACCAUCUGGCAAGUCGGACAAAUCAACAGACUCAUGCACACUUUCCAGUGAUGAAAAAUAUACUUACUCUAGAACGGGAGGUACUUCCGAUACUUCUGAUACGGAGGUGGUAGCAGAAAGCAGUGAUGGUAAUAUUGAAAUAGCCAUGGUUGAAAAUAUUAAAAAUAAACCAACGAAUGAGAUCGCAAAUCACGCUGAUGAAAAUUCUGGCUACUCUAAAUCAGAUCGGGAUGUAGAAUUGGCUACCAAAAAAGUCAUUAAGUCAGAAAACAAAAACACCUAUACUGCAGACACUCAAAUUAAUAAAAUACUAAGCUACAAAAACGCCAAAUUUUUUGAACUACACAGAAAAAAGAUGCAAGAAUUGGGAACAGCUCACAAAGAAUCUAUCAAUAAGAAUAAGACAGGUCUACAGAAAGCCUCCAAUAAACAAAGACGUCUGUUUGGAAGGACUUCUUUGAUGAUGUUUAUCGUAACCUUGGUAUUUUUCGUUGGAUUUCUUCCUUUUCUGGGCCUCAAUGUUUUUCUUGCAAUCUCCCCUAAAAAAGUUGCUGCACUUGAAGGCGCCUCAUUGGCUCUAUAUCAACUAUUUCUGUGUUCCUAUUUGUUGAACAGUUUCGCCAAUCCCAUAGUCUACAGUUUGUUGGAUAUGAGAUUCAGAAAAGAAUGUUUCAAGUUCUUCAAACGUUCACGGAAAAGAUAUCAUUGCUGAUAGUAAACAUUUGACACAUGGCAGAAAAACUAUAAAUAGCUCGCUAUUUGGUGUCUCCGGUGUAGAGAAUAAAAGUAGUGUUAAGUAGCUAUGUGUGUUUUUUGAAAGGUCUAGGCUAUUUUUUUUUCUCUACUUUUUAGCACUGCAGAAACACAUUUCUUAAGCCUUCACGUUUGUGACACAAUGUCCAUAUGGAGGAACUGUCCCACCAUGGCUUGGAGCUUGUUACUGAAACACAAAUGGUCAGUCCACUAAUGGUAAUAAGAAGAAAAUAUGGACCCAGGAAGCUAUGGCGUUUUCCUUCUCUCCGAUGUCGCACCAAGUCGGCAAUUCGGCCAUUGGGCAGGCUGGGCUCUAUAGCUUUGGUCGGCAGCCAGUCUAGGAGACGGAAACUCCGAUACAACACCUACGGCUGUCUGUGGUUCACAACCGUCUCAGACUUCAGUGCUACUGUGAACUGCAUUUAGCUUAAAGAGUGGUAUUGGUCUGCGCGAGACAAUUAUAACUUUAAAAAAUACUUUGCGCAGGCUGGAGGCAAUGCAGUAAUUAGCCCACAAAUGCUUGCCCUUGAUGUGGCAAAAUAUGUAGGUCACAGCUGGGGCUGCGCAUCCACUGGAAAUACUGCUCUCCUCACUAAUCUUCGGACUCGAAGACAAGCCUUAUAAUUAAAAAGGAGAAUUGAUACAAGGAUUGAAACACAUUGAUACAAGGAUGAAAUGAAACACAUUGAUACAACGAUUGAAACACAUUGAUACAAGGAUUGAAACACAUUGAUACAAGGACUGAAACACAUUGAUACAAGGACUGAAACACAUUGAUACAAGGAUUGAAACACAUUGAUACAAGGAUGAACUAAAACACAUUGAUACAAGGAUGAACUGAAACACAAUGAUACAAGGAUUGAAACACAUUGAUACAAGGAUUAAAACACAUUGAUACAGGAUGAACUAAAACACAUUGAUACAAGGAUGAACUGAAACACAAUGAUACAAGGAUUGAAACACAUUGAUACAAGGAUUAAAACACAUUGAUACAGGAUGAACUAAAAAAACAUUGAUACAGGAUGAACUAAAACACAUUGAUACAAGGAUGAACUAAAACACAUUGAUACAAGGAUUGAAACACAUUGAUACAAGGAUUGAAACACAUUGAUACAAGGAUGAACUAAAACACAUUGAUACAAGGAUGAACUGAAACACAUUGAUACAAGGAUUGAAACACAUUGAUACAAGGAUGAACUGAAACUCUUUGAUACAAGGAUUGAAACACAUUGAUACUGGAUGAACUAAAACACAUUGAUACAAGGAUGAACUAAAACACAUUGAUACAAGGAUUGAAACACAUUGAUACAAGGAUGAACUAAAACACAUUGAUACAAGGAUGAACUAAAACACAUUGAUACAAGGAUUAAAACACAUUGAUACAAGGAUUGAAACACAUUGAUACAAGGAUUGAAACACAUUGUUAUAUUGUUAACCUUAGAGCUCAAUUAUUAUUUAAUUAGCUGGCAACAGUGAAGUUCAUUUAGGCGUCUUGAGAUUGAUUAGUUUAUCGUGAAAAUCUUCAAUGGUUGGCUAAGAAAAAAACAGAAAUCACUGGUUACUUGAGUUCUAAAACUGGAAGAAGUUUCCAUAAAGCAAUUGAACUAUACUUUAUAAAUUGUAAAUUUAUUAUGUACAGUUUGUGUGUGUUUCUUAUUGUGUAACUAAACUCUUUCACAUCAUUGUCACAUCAUUGUCUCAUUAUUAUCUCAAUAUUGUCGCAAAAUUAUCACAUCAUUGUCACAUCAUUGUUGAGCAUUUUUUGUAUUAAAAUAUUAAGAAUC